AUGUAUCUAUCACUGAUUCCUCAACUACAGAAAGUGCCAUGGAAGAGCAUUGUUUUACACCCGAACAUACAUCCCAGACACAAGUUUACUCUUUGGUUGGCAAUCUUGAGAAGGCUAGCAACAGUGGAGCGACUCCUCAAGUUUGGCAUCCAUGUCCCACCAACCUGUGCCUUCUGUGAUUCUGCAAUGGAAACAGUUGAUCACCUGUUCUUUAGGUGUCAUAUUACAAGUAGUUUUUGGCAAAGGCUGCUGAGUUGGUUAGGUUUCCACAGAGCUAUCGGGGAGUGGCAAGAUGAAGUGCAAUGGGUAUGCAGCUACGCCAAAAAGAAGUCUGGCAGUGGGGCAAUUAUCAGCUCUGUGUUUGCUAUGUGUGUUGCUAUCAUAUGGAGAGAGAGGAAUGGCAUUCGAUUCCAGAAGGGACUCUUUCAAUUGGAUAGAAAUAUUAUAUAUAAUUCAUAUGUGAAGUUUGAUGCAACACUUCCAAUCAUUGAAGCUUUCACUGAUGAAGAGAUUAUUGCUCUUGUCAUUGGAGUGGGAGAACAAGCUCAAGAAUAUGGAAGCUGA